UUGUCUUUCUUUUAACUACUAUCUUUUCACUGUAAAUUCUAGAAUAUAAUGCUGCUACUAACUUCAAAGUCAAAGUCAACUCCAACUUCUUCUACUCUCCUCAUUCUACUAGUUAAAUUGAUAGAAGCAGUAUUCAAAUUUGAUACUAGAUCUCUAUUGUUGAAGCAAAUGGGUUGUGAAUAAUCAGCAAAAAUAACAAGCUUUUGUUUGGUGAAAAAAGCAACGAUUUUUGCAAGAUGGCCAAACCAAUAGUAGACUUCACAGUACAAAAAAUCAAUGAUUUACUCAUUGAUGAAGCUUUGUUCUUAUAUGGAGUGAAAGACAAAGUGCAAAGUCUAAGAACUGAAUUAAGGAUGAUGGAAUCUUACUUACAAGAUGCAGAUAGAAAGCAAGAUGAAGAUGAAUCUCUCAAGAAUUGGAUUUCAGAAAUCAGAGAAGCUGCUUAUGAUUCAGAUGAUGUCAUUGAAGCAUAUGCACUCAAAGAAGCUUCAAGAAGAAACAUGACAGGUACCUUAAACAGAAUCAAAAGGUUUGUUUCAAUUAUCAAUAGGUUAAUAGAAAUUCAUCAAGUAGGUUCACAAGUUGAUGGUAUCAUUUCUAGGAUAACUAGUCUUACAAAAAGUUUAAAAACUUUUGGCAUAAAAAGUGAAAUAGGAGAAGCAUCAAGUUCAAUACAUGGGAGAAACAAAGCUUUGAGAAGAUCUUACUCUCAUGUUAUUGAAGAGGAUAUAAUUGGUGUUGAAAAUGAUGUUAAUAUUUUGGAGUCAUAUUUGGUUGAUAACAACAAUAAGGGGUGCAAAAUUGUUGCUAUUUGGGGUAUGGGAGGUUUAGGAAAAACAACAUUGGCUAAGAAAGUAUAUCAUAGUACUAAAGUUAGGCAAAAUUUUGAGAGCUUAGCUUGGGCUUAUAUAUCACAACAUUGUCAAGCAAGGGAUGUUUGGGAAGGAAUUUUGUUGAAGCUUUUAUCUCCUUCUAAAGAGUUAAGAGAAGAACUCGUGAGUAUGAAAGACGAGGAAGUUGCGAAAAAGCUUUAUCAAGUUCAAGUGGAGAAGAAGUGUUUGGUAGUUCUUGAUGAUAUUUGGAGUGUAGGUACUUGGAAUAAUCUGAGUCCUGGUUUUCCAAAUGAGAGAUCAUUGUCUGUUGUUGGUAGUAAAAUAUUGCUUACCACCAGGAAUACUGACGUUGCAUUGCAUAUGGAUUCUACUUGUUAUCGUCAUGAACUGAGUUGCUUGAAUGAAGAUGAUAGCUGGGAGUGUUUCCUGAAAAAGGCAUGCCCAAAACAUGAUGAUCCAGAUCCAGACUCUAGAAUCAGCACAGAGAUGGAGAAAUUGGGAAGAGAAAUGGUUGGAAGAUGUGGAGGUUUACCUCUAGCCAUAAUUGUCCUUGGAGGACUACUAGCAUCAAAGCCAACAUUUUAUGAAUGGGACACAGUGAGACAGAACAUCAAUUCAUACCUAAGAAAAGCAAAAGGCAAAGAACAACUUCUAGGAGUAUCUGAAGUACUAGCUUUGAGCUAUUAUGAAUUGCCUUACCAAUUAAAACCAUGUUUCCUACACUUAGCACAUUUUCCCGAAAACCUAGAGAUACAAACCAAGAAACUCAUAAGAACAUGGGUGGCAGAAGGUAUCAUAUCAUCGGUUCAAAACGCUGGAGAUGGUGAGGAAGCUCUCGAGGACGUGGCACAACGUUACUUGACUGAACUCAUCGAAAGGUGUAUGAUUCAGGUGGUUGAAAAGAGUUCAACAGGAAGGAUUAGAACAGUUCAAAUGCAUAAUCUCAUGAGGGACCUAUGUGUGUCUAAGGCAUAUGAAGAGAACUUUCUUGAAAUUAUUGAUUCGAGGAAUGCAGAUCAAACUAGUACCUCAAAAGCAAGACCGAUUGGUAAAGUUCGACGGAUCGUGUUAUAUCUUGAUCAAGAUGUUGAUAGAUUCUUCCCUAGACAUUUAAAAAGCCAUCACCAUCUUAGGUCUAUACUUUGCUACCAUGAAAAAACAGCUAGGUUAAGUGAAUGGAGUUUGAUGAAAUCAGUUUUCAAAAAGUGCAAGUUACUUAGAGUUUUGAAUUUGGAAGGAAUUCAAUGUCAAAUGGGGAAAUUACCAAAAGAAAUUGGUUUUUUGAUCCAUUUAAGGUUUCUAAGUCUAAGAAACACAAAAAUUGAUGAAUUGCCAAAUUCAAUAGGAAAUUUAAAGUGCUUGCAAACCCUAGACCUUCUCACAGGAAAUUCAACAGUUCAAAUACCAAAUGUCAUAGGAAACAUGGAAAAAUUGAGACAUUUAUAUCUACCUGAAUCAUGUGGCAAUGGCAUUGAAAAAUGGCAACUAUCCAAUCUGAAAAACUUGCAAACUUUGGUUAACUUCCCUGCUGAGAAAUGUGAUGUAAAAGAUCUCAUGAAACUAACCAGUUUAAGAAAAUUGGUAAUAGAUGAUCCUAAUUAUGGAGAUAUCUUUAAAAGUACUAAUGUAACCUUUAACCACCUCGAGUCAUUGUUUUACGUUAGUUCUGAGGAUAUAUCAAUCCUUGAAGUUUCUGCAGGGUGUCCUAAUCUCUACAAGCUACACAUAGAAGGGCCAAUAAGUAAUCUUCCACAACCAAACCAAAUUUCAUCAAAACUUGCUAAACUCAAAUUACAAGGUUCUGGACUUGUUGCCGAUCCAAUGACAACAUUGGAGAAGCUACCAAAUUUAAGGUUGCUUGAGUUACAGCUUGAUUCAUUUUUAGGAAAGCAAAUGGUUUGUUCAAGCAAAGGUUUUCCUCAGUUAAGGUCACUUGUUUUGAGUGAUUUGUCUAAUCUUGAACAGUGGAAGGUUGAGAAAGGUGCUAUGUGUUGUCUUGGGAAGCUUGAGAUUUCAAAUUGUACUAAGCUUGAGGUUGUUCCAGAAGAGAUUAGGUUUGUAAGUAGUCUUAAGGAUUUGGAGAUUAGAUCAAUGUUUGCUGCAUUUAGAAUUAAACUUGAGAAAGGUGGUGAUGAACAUUACAAAGUUCAACAUGUUCCAUCUUUGGUAUUUCGUUACUGUGACUAUUAGAUUUUGAAUGCUUUGUAUCUGAAAUUCAUUCUAAAUGAUUUCAUUUUUUUUCUUUCAGUCUUGUAA